UUGCUCGCUGUUUUUGUACCUCGAUGGACUGUUUUGCGGUUCCCUGUAAAACGAAUGCGAGAUUUCGGAUUCCAAAAUGCUCGUAAACGGUUUUGGCGAGCAGUAUCCUUUGGAAUGCCCCGUAACUGGGGUGUAUGAGGAUCCAGGAUGGAAUUUGCAGUGCCCGAUGGCAAGUCAGUGGUCUCGGCAACCGGUUAACCCUCAGUGUAGUUAUGGUGAUUAUAAUCAGAACCUUCAAAGUCCAUCAGUGCAGUGUUUUAGACCGUUCGUUCCUUACGCACAUGAGAAUGUGGUGCCGUAUUAUCCAGUUCAGGAAGUGUACCAGCAGCCAGUGCAAUAUGUUCCACCUCGUCCGAUGAUCCAUAACUUGCCCUGCCAUGAGCAGCCGGCUUGGGAUUAUAACAGCAUGUGCUAUAACGUGGAUGGUCAGCCAUGUCAGUACACUACUGUAGUCGACUUGGAGGAUUUUAUGAAUAAUGAGAAAAGGAAGGAGAAAUCGCGGGUGGCAGCCCGAUGUCGACGCACUAAGGAGAUGCAGAUCUUCGCAGAGCUCACUGCUGCUCUACCAGCUCGUAAGGAAGAAGUGGAGCAGCUUGACAAAGCCUCCGUCAUGAGACUUGCCAUAUCUUACCUGAAAGUGCGGGAUGUGGUGUCUUUGCUCCCAGAAACUGAAUCGGAGCAUCCAAAGAUGCAGAACCCUGAAGGCAUGGAGGAGGUAUCGACAGAGCUCUCAUACAUGAAGGCUCUGGACGGCUUCGUACUAGUGCUGUCUCAGCAGGGCGACAUUGUGUACUGCAGCGAGAAUAUUGCAGACCAUCUUGGGGUUUCACAGAUGGAAAUCAUGGGUCAAAGUGUGUUCGAGUUCAGCCACCCUUGCGACCACGAUGAGAUCCGCGAAGCUCUGCGUUCCACCACAUCGGGCCGUCGUGAUCUGCUGCUCCGGCUUAAGUGUACCCUCACCAGCAAAGGGCGGAAUGUGCACCUUAAGUCUGCUUCUUACAAGGUGAUCCAUAUAACUGGCCACAUGCUAACACCAACUGACAAGACAGAACGCAACAACAAUGAUGACAAAAAACCGGAUCUUGAUGACAAGAAGGUGACCAAGAAUGGUACUCUAGUGGCAGUGGGCAGGCCCAUACCUCAUCCUUCUAAUAUAGAGAUACCUCUGGACAGCAAGACGUUUUUGUCGAAACAUAGCCUGGAUAUGAAGUUCAACUAUGUGGAUGAGGCAUUGAUGAGCACUCUCGGUUACGAGCCGGACGAGCUAGUCGGCCGUUCCGUAUACGAGUACCAUCACGCAGCCGACGCCGCAUCCUUAGUCCAGCAGUUCAAAUCACUGUUUUCGAAGGGGCAAUGCGAGACUGGGCGCUAUCGCUUCCUCGCCAAAACUGGUGGGUUUGCCUGGGUCCAAACCCAGGCUACCGUCAUCACCGACAAGCAACAGAAGCCCAUCAGCGUCGUCUGCGUGAACUACGUCAUCAGUGGCAUCGAGUGCAAAGAUGACGUGUUCGCCGCACACCAAGUGCAGUACGCGGACUUGAAGCCCUUGCUGGCCCCAGCGGCGCCUGUACCCGCACCAGUGUCUGCUUUGAACCCAUCUGAGCACACACCAAACGGCGCAAUAGUCGCCAUCAUAAAUCCGGAGGAGAAACGUCCUAUACCUGUCACAGAGCUCAUAUUCGCUCCGCGAAAGAAAGAAAUGAACAAAGGCUAUCUCAUGUUCUCCCAAGACGAGGGACUUACAAGUGAGUGGCAUAAGAACUUCCAAAGCUUAGUGCUUAAAGACGAGCCGGAAGAUCUGACACACUUGGCACCCACUGCUGGCGAUGCUUGUAUACCUCUAGAGAAUAGUCCCUUCGACAUGUUUGACGAAUUCAUUUUGAACGAUAAUUACUGCAGCCUACUGGGAGAUGAUUUGGCUAACGCGUCGCCGGUAGACUCUUUAACGCCAGAUUCAUUAUUGUUGUCUUCUCCCGAGCCACAGGAAAACGAUUCGUCAUGCGAACAGUCUUCGUUAUUAACAGAGCUGUCACUCGAUGCAUUUGACAGCAACAGAUCAGAUAAUGACAUUGAUGAUGGACACUCUCCCUUCAUCCCGGCUAGCGAUGAGCUCCCGGUCUUGGAACCUGCAGUGAUGUGGGGUGCCUUGCCCGACAACGUAAGCAUGGCAAGACCACAACCCACAGAGAUGCAAACCACCUCCCCCGCCCCAGCACUGCAACGCCUAUUAACGACCACCACAACGGGACCACCACCACAAGAUCUCAUAACCAAUAUUUACUCUGACCAAGGACUACUGCCAAUCAGGAGUGUGACGUCAUGGGAUACGGGUGUCAAGAGAGUAAUGAAGCAAGAACAGGAGCCGUGCGCAAAGCGUGUAAAGCGCAGCCCAUCACCAGUCCAGUCGACGACGCCGGCACAGUCGUCCAGCGUCCUCAUGAACCUCCUGGACAUGCAGCAGCAGCAGCAACGCCUACAACAGACCCCACAAAGGCGCCCCAACUACCAAAUGGCUAGGCAACCAAUCCCACAGAAUAACAACAUGAAUAACAUCCCACUCCCCGUAAUAAACCUAUUACAAGACAUGCAACAUAAGCAGAUGAUGCGCAACAACUCUCCAAUCAUCAGCUCGGUUAUCCGGUCAAAUAUUAGCAGCCCCAUGUCCCCACUGAGUCUUAAUGUAAGCCCCAUGUAUUCCCUGCCAUCUAGCCCCAAUAGCUACACGCAUAGCCCGGCAAUGAGCCCAGCUCAGAGGGAGCGCGUGAUGAGCCCGUACACUCCCCAGUCCAUGUCCCCCGUAGGUAAGUUCCAACAAUACAGUCCGGGAAGCAGAAUGGUGUCUCCAGUCGGCGUGAUGCAGGGCUGUGACCCCUACCUCAACAAUAAAAUGCAGCCUAGCCCAAGCUUCCCCCUUCAGACACCAGAAAUCCUGCUUGACAAUAACGUACCCCUGACGACCAAUGACUUCUGGAGCGAGACCGACAUCAUCCAAGGAGCCAGCGACCUCCUCACUGCACUAGACGACGUCAAACUAGUUUAGUCUUUAACAAAAUAGGAGGCUCCGGAGUGAUUUCUAUUUCCCUUGGAACAGUUGUGUAUUGAUUGAAUACUGGAAUACAUAGUUGACAUUUUAGAAUUCAGUUUUUCACACAAACAUUCCAAUAGAAAUUGUUAUUUGAUGUUUAUUCUUUAUGAAAUCACUCGUAUGUAUGCAGGGUCAAAGGGUGAGAUACAAUAUAAGCCAAAGGGAUUCCAUGCGAUAUUUCAUUGUACCGACACUCGCCUUGCAAAACGUUUUCAUACAUAAUUCAGACUAGAAAAUGUAUUUUUAUUCUGUAUGCGUGGAAUCCUGGGUACGCAACGAUGUGACUUAGAUUAACAGAUUAUUAUAUAUUGUGUACGUCAUUUUAAUGAAUUAUAUGUAUUUUGUAUGUCUAAAGAUAUUUGCUGAACGUGUGUUUAGCUGUAUCAUAGUUUACAUAAUUAGUUCUAUAUACAUAAUUAUGUUAUGUAGCGUAAAAAACGAGGCAGAAUUAAACAACAUGUGAUGUGUGUGUCAAUCAUAUUUAAAAAGGAAUUGUUAUGAAUUUUGAUAUACAUAAUGUAACAAAAUUUUAUUAGAAAUAUGUUUAAAUUUAAUUUUCACAUACAUUGCGUAGUUUAUUUCUGUCUUGUUUAAUUUCGCACAUUUAGAAAUAAAUAAGUACUAUUAUGUAUCAAUAAAAGAAAAUUGGAUUACGGUAUUCGAUAUAGUUUAGUACAUACCUACAUAUAUUUUUACAAUCGGCAAAGAUUUCAUUUAUAAUAAAAAUCAUUUGAACAUUUCUCAAAGAUUAUAUAAAAAAUAGCGUUAAGCGAAGUCUAUGUAAGACUUUUAAUUUAUAUUUUAUGAUCAAACCGUAUACUCAUUUAGGUUUAAGAAAUCAUAAUCUUGUUUUUCUCCAUUCAACAGAUGUUAUAUUUAUUUAUUCGCUAUCCACUGCCUUGUGUCCUAUAUUUGGGACACGUCUUUACUGACGAUGAUUUUCGAACCGUGCCUUAAGGUCCACUCGAAUAAUUUUAUGUGUUUAUGACAAUUGAAAUAAAAACAGUCAUCCUCGUUCUAUUUUUUAUCCGCAAACUGUUUUACAAUAUUAAUUUUGAACUAGAAGAUUAAAAUUAAUAGUUUUGUUAAGACUAUUUUGUAGGGAGAAAAUAGAACUAGGUUGAAUUCUUUUAGACAAGUUAUUACCUGGUUAUUUGCCUAUAUUGUUAGGUAGACAAGUCUUAAAAACGUUUCUAGCUAUAGUAAUGUUUGCAUUAAAUGCCGUACAUAUUAAGUACAAUCAGUAAACAUGCUAUCAUUAAAUGAAUUAAUGCAAUUAUUUUUUUUCUUAUAAUUUUAAAUCUCGAUAGAUUAUUUACACAAAUAUUUAGCUAUAAAAAUUUAAUUUAAGACGGGAUUGUUAUAGAUCGAUAAUUGAUCAAUUUGAUUUAUAAAAAGAAAUAAAGUUUUCUAAAAAUAAAGUAUAUAGCAAUAGUGUGUAAGUCAUGUUUUUGAAAUUGUUAACCCAAUAUUACCAUUUUUGAAAGCGAGUUUGUUGCAGUAAUUAUAACUUUAAUUUUAAUUUUAAGUGUACUCUGAUAUAAGUGACUACUGCCAAUUUUCAUUGUUUUUUUUUCACAUUUCUAUUGUGUUGUUUCUGUAUAAAAAUAUAUUAUCUUCUUUCCAUAAAUGUGCCAUAGGAUUUGUAAAAUGUUUACAUGUCCUUUAGCGGUUUUUUCACAAAUGUAUACGUCCCAAAUCAUCUCGUAAAUUCACACCAAUUAUUAUUAAAAUAAAAAUUAAAUUGUAAAUAAUAUAAAUCAAAUUGUUUUA